AAAAAAAUAAUAGUUACUAACGAAUUAGAUUAAUAAAUGGAUCAAGCGAACAAACCGAAUUCUAUCAAGCCACCGCCUCAGCAUAAUCGCGUAUUGCAAGAAAUUACGGGCCCUCUGGUUUUUCAAUGUUUAAAAUGUCGACUGAUAGUGGGCGAUUCGUUCGCGUUUGUUACAGCUGAUCGUGAUUUGAACUCGGUUGUGUUGUAUGCAAAACCUCAUAACAUCAGGGUUGGUACAGAUCUGUUAUGGUCAAGAGAAGGCAUUGAUAUUGGAAGUACAUAUAUUAUGAUAUACUGUAACGGUUGUAAUUUGACGCUUGGAAAAGUAUGGCGUACAACACCACGUAAAUUAGAUUAUAUUCGUGAUUUAUACACACUUAAUUUAGAUUGCGUUAUGAUCUAUCAGUUGGGCGAUUUUAUUGAUCCAAAUUCUACACCAACGGAUAUACAUACUUUGCCGAGUUCUAGGAUGCAACAAAUAUCAAUAAAUAAGCUUAAAGACAUGAUUUUAAUACUUAACGAACGGAUCACAACAUUAGAACAUACUCUUGAUAAACGCGUAAAUAAAACACCAAAUGAUUCUGCGGUUUCUUCGUCAACCGAAGGUAGCAACGCGUGUAUUGUUGUUACAUCUCGUGGUGCUCAGGAUAAUUCAAUCGAGACACAUCCUAAUCAUCGAAUUUUGGGAUGAUCGUAUAAUUUUGUAAUUUAAUGUUAAUUUUUCAUAAGUCACAAUAAUAUUUUAAAUUAAUAGCUUCCUACUUUUUACAUUAUCGUUAUCCCAUUACAUUAAAAGUCGCGUUACCAUUUCAAGAGAGAGGAAAGGAUCGUAAGUAUCGUAAUCAAAAAAACAUUUCAAAGGAAAACUGACUCAUUCUAGCGUAUUUAAGUUAAAAACAACACAAUAUGACAAUAUUAAUAACUCUGCUUUGAAUUAUUAUAUAAUAAAGAUCUUUUUUUAAUUCAUGAAAAUAAUAAUUAUUCUUUUCAAA